UACAGUCACACAUGUACACACAUAUACAGGCUUUCAUUUCCCAUCCAGCAAAGCACAUGUUCACAUAUCUGUAUAUCACCACGUAUAUAUAUGUGCAUGUAUUCAAGUCUCUCAUUGUAUAUGGGUGUGUGUAUGGAUGAGGCUAUGGCUGGUCGGAUGUGUGACAGAAUAUUGCGGGGAGUGGCUUGAUAGAUUGUUGAACUGAUUUGUGUCGGGCCAGUAUAAAAUUGUGUGGUUGGAUUUUUCCAUUCCUUCUCCAACAACUGAACCAGACUGAUCUGAUUGCAAUGGGCUGACUGCUUUUGCGCUCUCACACGCUGUGGAUUUUUUGACAGACUACGGUAUGCAAUCUACCUAUCACUUGCAUGUAUCCAGGCUAAAUAGCUGGGGCAUUUCCAGAUACCAAAACAUGCAUCCAAAAUACAUCUGUCAUUCUGUAUAGUUCUUCAUAGACACAGGUGCACCCAGCAGUAUUACACACACACACACAUGCACACAUACACACAUACAUACACAUACACACACACUAUGAUAUCUAAUAGAUACAUGUACACAUAUAUACAUAUAUAUAUGUAUACAUGAUAUGCAUGCUCUACAUGCACACUUGCACAUAUACAUACAUUAUACAUAUAUAAAUACAUACAUAUAUAUAUAUACUAUAUAUAUAUAUAUAUGCACAUAUAUAUGUAUAUGUUCUCCAAACGUCCUGGAGAACAAUAUUUGGAGUACAUUUACAACAUAUCAAACUGGAUUCUUCAAAUAUAAUCAAGAUGGUAGCCUAUAACAUGGUUAGGUUCUCUGACACAGUUCCAGACAGUUUAUUGCCUUUUAGCACCAACGAGUGGACGGACAGAUUCAAUUGCUUUUCUAGUCAGACCGCCACCAAAUUCUUCUGCUUUCUGGACGCUGUACUCUCUAAGUGACAUCAAUGAACAGCUGCCGUAAUGAAUUGGUUACUGUCAUUAGUGAUCUUGCUCCACCUGAUAUUUCUUCGUUUAAGUUUUUGUAUAGAUCUCAUCUAUCAUGUCAAAGAAAACAGAGGCCCUGGCAGCUAUGUGGGCGAUAUAGCCUCUGAUUCCCAUAUAUUAGAACAUCUUAAAGAUCCAAGUUUAAUCACAUACAACCGGUUACGACAGAGACAAACUAGCAGCUCACAACUAUUUAACGUCACUAAGACAGGAAAACUUUUUACUGCUCAGACUUUGGAUGCUGAAUCGCUCUGUUUUUACAACACGGAAUGCUUUAAGAUUAUCAAAAUAGCUGUCCGCAAAGCUGAAGCGUUUAUGAAAAUACUUAAAAUCAAGGUAAUCAUAGAAGAUAUUAAUGAUCAUCAGCCUGAAUUUCCCGUAAAACAAGUUAACAUUCAGUUUGACGAAACUGAUGGCAAAGGAACCAUGAAAUCUAUACCUAAUGCAGUAGAUAAAGACGUUGGUUUAUUGAGUUCUUCAAUAACAUAUCUAUUGAAAAAAAAGUUUGAUGAGCCUUUUACAUUGUCCGUAACAAAACGAGUUAUUGGUACUUCAAAAUUAAAUAUAAUUUUGGAAAAGAAGUUAGACAGAGAACUGAAAGAUAGUUAUAUGCUCCAAGUUAUUGCAAAAGAUGGCGGUAUACUGCCUCGAGAAGGAAGAUUAAAUAUUCACAUAUCUGUAACUGACAUUAAUGACAACGCUCCAGUUUUCACGCAAAAUAUUUAUAAUAUUUCAAUAAGAAAUUUUCACCCAAAAACGCGACCAAUUAUUAUUUUGUCUGCGAAAGAUUUAGACUCUGGCGAAAAUAGUCGAGUCUCAUAUCAUUUCAGCUCCGAAACAUCGGACACAGCCAAAAUAUAUUUCCAACUCAACAGUGAAACUGGUGAAAUUUUCGUACAGAAGAAAAUUACUUUUAGACAGAAACAGAAAUAUAAGCUGUUCGUUGAAGCCAGAGAUGGUGGAAACCCACCCUUAAGUUCCACAGCCAUGGUGCUCGUGAAUGUAAUUAAUCAACAGAAUAAUGCACCAGAAAUAGACGUAAAUUUCGUUUCUGAAUUAUCAAAAGAUACUGCUAGUAUCUCGGAGGGAACUAAGGUUGGCAGUUUUAUUGCAUAUGUUAGUGUUAUUGACAACGAUAUCGGAAUGAAUGGAGAAGUUGAUUGUAACCUAGAGCACGAGAAAUUUCAGCUGUUAAAUUUAGGUUCUAACGAAUAUAAAAUAAUAAUGAAAAAGCAAGUUGACAGAGAAACGAAAGAAUUUUAUGAUAUUAGUCUCAGCUGUCAAGACAAAGGAUCACCGUCUCUGAGGAGAGAACGAAAUUUUUCUAUCCAAGUGAUGGAUGUCAACGAUGUACAACCACAAUUUACAAAAGACACUUUCAAAUUUCUGACAUAUGAAAAUGAGGACCAUAAGUUUCCAAUCGGCUUUGUUAAUGCAACUGAUGCUGAUCAGGGCUCCGGGGGUGAACUUACUUAUUUUUUGUUAAGUAACAACGAAUAUUCUAUACCCUUUGAAAUCACUGAUUAUGGAUUUAUUUCCACAACAAAUUCCUUGGAUCAUGAACAAAAGGAUACAUAUCAAUUUAAGGUGUUAGUAAAAGACAAUGGAAAUCCUUCUUUAAACAAUACAGCAAAUGUUAUUGUUGAAGUUAUGGAUGAGAAUGACAACGUUCCCUAUUUUACUUUCCCUAGUGUUAAUCCUUUUAGUCUAGAUGUCCACUAUCAACCACAUCGAAAAAAUGAAAUAGCAGUUCUGAGGGCAUCUGACAGAGACAGUCAUGUAAACGCUUUUCUGAGAUAUGAAAUAAUAGGGGGUAACAACAAACAACUGUUUGCUGUGAACCCUUAUACAGGAGUUUUAUUUUUCUCUCGAACUGUUUAUCAAAAUGAUGCAGGGUCAUAUAAUUUAGACUUAGUUGUUCAGGACAGUGGCACGCCGGUUUUAUCAGCAAUGACCACUUUAUCUUUAGUACUGACCGUCAGCAACAAAACAGCAAAAAUGUUGACGACCGUCGACAUAUAUUCAGACGAGAUGAUAGAUAUGAAUCUUGUCAUCGUCAUUGUUGCAGGUGCCGUCAUUGUGUCCGCUGUCGUCGUUGUGUCUAUAACCAUUUGCAUCGUCAGAUGCAAUAACAGCCGAAGUCCUCAACAUAGAACUGAGAUUAGCCAAUGUGAUCAAUCAGGUAAAGAAAAGAACUUAUUGAUUUAUCAAACCAACAAUCCCGUUUUCUCGACGGGCAAUCCCGAUGAAAUUAAAAACAGAAAUACUCAGUCAUUGAGAAUGGGGAAUCAAGAAGAUUUGCAGCAAGAAUGGAAAAUUUCAGCCGCAUCACGAAGUCUCCCAAUGACACGGCAGGGAUACAUAGCAGAUAUUGGUGUAACAUCAGGCUAUAUUGGAGUUGAAGAAAGACCCUUUACAGGCCCUGACUGUCGUAUCAAUAUCGUAUCCACACGAAAAGACGUCAAACAUGGCUGCAUACGAAGAGAUGCCCCACAGUACGAAGAAAUACCAGAUAUCUUCAUUGACAAUGGAACAUAUCCCAAUACACCUUAAUAAAAAUAAAAUAAAAUAAAAA